GCCUGGAGCAAGGAUCAGCGGGGAGAGAGAGCGCUGCGUGUCUCCUCCUUUGAACCGACGCUCUGAGUCUGCAUCAACAUCCCGGCGUGGGGACCCUUCGGCGGUGUGCGUCGGCGCACCAUGGCCCAGACCCUCCAGAUGGCGAUCCCAAACUUUGGCAACAAUGUCUUAGAGUGUCUCAAUGAGCAGCGGCUGCAAGGCCUCUACUGCGAUGUCUCCGUGGUGGUUAAGGGCCAUGCCUUCAAGGCCCAUCGAGCUGUGCUGGCUGCAAGCAGUUCUUAUUUCCGGGACCUUUUCAGCAACAGCGGAGGUGGCAGCAGCAAUGAGACGAGCCCGACCGUCGUGGAGCUCCCAUCGGCUGUGCAGCCCCAGAGCUUCCAGCAGAUUUUGUCUUUCUGCUACACAGGCCGUCUCAGCAUGACGGUGGGGGACCAGUUUUUGCUCAUGUAUACCGCCGGCUUCCUGCAGAUACAACAGAUCAUGGAGAAGGGCACCGAGUUCUUCCUCAAGGUCUCCUCUCCAAGCUGCGACUCACAGGGCCUUCAAGCCGAGGAGGCCCCGCCUUCGGAGCCCCAGAGCCCGGUGAAGCAGACCAGUAACGGUGCGGGCCGGCCUGCCUCAUGCCUGACGCCACUCCCUCUGGUAUCACGGGUGAAGACUGAGCAGCCCUCUAGCCAGCCGGAAGCGUCCACUCCUUACUCGGUGGUCUGCACUCCCGUAGCCAAGCGGCUGUGGGAGGGAGGCAGCAGCCGAGAUGGAAGUGGGACAGGCUCAGGGGGAGGAGGCGGGGCCAGGAAGGCAGCCCGUUAUUCCCAUGAGGCGGCGCGGGGCAGUGCCAUUCAGAGCCCCGCGGCCCUCGGACUGGCCAUGGGUAUGGGCGCCAACGUAACCAGCCUGUUGGGCAUGGUGGCCAGCGGCGGGCUCAGUGGCAGCGCCGGCACCAAUGGGAGCGCCGCUGCAGGCCUCGGCAUGUCAGAGGGCGCCAGCCCCGGCACCCUGAGCACCUACGCCAGUGACUCACCGAUCAGCUACCAUGACGAUGAAGAAGAGGAAGAGGGGACGGAUGAAUGUGCUGAAGAGCAGUACAGGCAAAUCUGCAACAUGUAUACCAUGUACAGCAUGCUCAAUAUGGGAGCUGCAGCAGCUGGUGAGCGUGUGGAGGCUCUCCCAGACCACACAGAGACACGGGGUCGCAUGCGAGGCCGAGACCUCACAUGCCUCCCCGUAGAACUCAUUGCUCAGAUCGGCAACCGCUGUCAUCCCAAACUGUACGAGGAUGGAGACCCUGCUGAGAAACUGGAGUUAGUCUCAGGUACUUCUGUGUAUAUCUCGCGGGCCCAGCUGAUGAACUGUCAUGUGAGCGCAGGGACCAGACACAAGGUGCUGCUUCGGAGGCUGCUGGCCGCCUUCUUUGACAGGAAUACUCUGGCCAACAGCUGUGGAACAGGCAUCCGUUCAUCCACCAAUGACCCGAGCCGGAAGCCCCUGGACAACAGAGUUCUACAUGCGGUCAAAUUCUAUUGUCAGAACUUUGCCACCACCUUCAAGGAGAGCGAGAUGAACGCCAUCGCCGCCGACAUGUGCACCAACGCCAGACGCGUAGUCCGUAAGAGCUGGAUCCCCAAGCUGAAGCUGCUGAUGGCUGAGAGCGACGCCUACACUGCUUUCCUUCCCGACGGGGUCAAGAUUGAGGAUGACGCCCUGGGGGCGGAUCCAGCCUUCGAACCCGCCUCUCUGGAGGCCGCCGGCGGUGCUGGCAUGGAGUCUGGUGGGUCUUCAGGUGAAUCGUUACCAGGUGUAGGCGGGGACGGAGGACCGUUAUUUUGAACAUUGUGUCCGGGGAAGUUUGAAAUUUGGUGACACACACACACACACACACACCCACACAAGUAUUCCCCAGUUCUGCUUGCCACUUCACUUUUUGGCCCACACUGAUCUCUCACAUCUGACUAUAUAUACUACACUGCUAGGGUCAACAGCUGUUGUCACCCUGAUGUAACCAGGACAUGAAAACUUAAACUUUUGCUUUAUGACUGUACAAUGGAGUUAGUCGAGUUAAGGGAGAGAAUGAGAGGGUUUUCUCCUAACUGCCCUCUGCCUCCCCUUGUCUUUUUAAUGUGUGUAAGUGCAUCCACUGUUGCAUAUGAAAUACAUUCCCUUAAAUGCAGGUGAUGGGGUGAGUUACCAGUGUAGCCUGAGGAGGAAGGUAUGGCUUGAUAGACAGGCUAGGAGUUGAGGUGGCGAGUACGCUGAAUGUAAGUGUCGGUGGCAUUGUAUUCUACGCAACCCUGACGACUUGUUUUCCAGCCUGGGAAAAGGGAAUUAAAUUAAAAAUAUAUCCAAUAGUAAACAUUAACACUACCUGUUCUUCCUCCCCUCGCAUCUUCCACUCACCACCCUGCAAGUAUUCUUCACCACAUCAUCUUUCUCUAGACCAGAGAAUUGCACCUGAGUGUUUCACUGUGCAGUGUCUGAUAGAAAUGUAUCUCAUCUUUCUGUUUUAUAGUUUUUUAGCAUGUUUCUCCAUCUUUGAACUGAAAAAAAAAGGAUCCAGAGUGAAGGGGAAAGCUUUUUACUGAGAUGAUUGUAUUGAACAUUUGAAGGGCAAAAGGUAAUCAAAGAUGGUCAUUUUUUUUAGAAGAAAAACUAUAUUUAUACAAGUGCCCAUGCCUGGAACGGUGUGAGCAAAGAGAGUGAAAGGGAUUGUUUUAAAAUCUCGAUCUUCAUGUUCUAUUGAAAGAGGUCUUGUCAAAUAUGGAAAAGUGCUAUUUUUGCAUUAAAAAAUGAGUUUAAUAAAGCAGUCUUAUCACAAGACCCAUAGCCAUUAAUUUUUUUAUCUUAAUUUGAAAGUGCGGAGUGAUGGAAUGAGCAGUCGAACUGCUAAAUUUUAAGCAUUUUAUCUUCUGUUCACGAGCAUAGAAUAAUAAUGAGACUGAUUCAGCUUGUUGUUGUUGUCUAUGAUCUCCAUUUGUUAGGUUGUGAACCUGCAAUGUGUGCCUCCUUCAAUAAAACAUUGGCCCACGAUUUCAAAGAUUACUGGUAGAAAUAUAACAGUUAUAUUGAUCUGACAACUGUUAGUUUAUUCUUUUGUACUGAAAUUCUUAAAAAUAAACUGCAACAUCCACAGGAAAUAAUUAUGGAAUAUUGGAAUGUGCCUUUUUAAUUGAAUAAGCAGACGCCUGGUGGGUACAGUGAUGUCAUGAGGAGGCCAUAUUGCUUGAAGCAAAUGGAUUUUAUGGUACUAUCCAUGUGUGUGCAAAGCGGUUCUUUGGUAAAGAAGGAGAGCCUUUUUGCGCAGCUGUGUCAUUUUAGUAUGUAGUUUAUUCAUGUAUCUAAUAAGGAAAUAAAAAAAAAUUGGCUGACAGUUUUAUUUUAAGAGUUUGGCAUAACAUGAUUUUGCACCUUCCAUGGGAGUGGAGGUUUCUGCACCUUAAUGAACCUGCACCUUUAAACAUUGUGUAGCAAUUGAACCCCUUUAGGUGGAAUUUGUCUUCUUUGGUUUCAUUUCUGCAUGUGUUAAUUGUUUCGAAGUGGCACACAUUCCUACUGUAAAUAAUCAAGAUGACUGUUGAGUUAAAUCCCAAGUGUUCUUCCUUUUCUGUUGCUGGAUGCAUCUGAUUAUGAAAGGUCAAAAACUGACCUUUUUUAUGUGUACGGUGGUGUUCGCUAGAAGCUUCUUACAUGACCUCUUGGGAGUUUAGCACAGGGAUUCGUCAUUCCUCGUGCCGAUGGAUAGAAGGGAAAAUGGCCCGGGUAUGACUUAGAAAAGUGAAAGACUCUCACAGACUGAUUACUUUCUCCUUCUGGAGGGGCAUUUCUAACACGGUUCGAUUCUCUGAAGAAAGGUACAGGGUAAAAAGAAAAACGGGAAGACAUCGCUAUGUCUUAAUUUAAGGCAGUUGAGUCAAUCUUAUUAAAGAAAUAAAAGUUUGACCUGAUGAUUUAUGGACGGAACACAAAUGCAGUAACUUGUAAGUAUUCUCUAAAGGGUAAUGACAACAAAACCUCAGCAAGCGCUCCAUUUGACUGUUGCUGCCACAUGAGCACCCCUCCCCCACAUACCUCUCCAGUGUCUUUGAAGACCGUUGUGCUUCCUGUCCUUCAUGCAGCUGGUGUCAUGUUUCACUUCCAGUUUAUUCAUGCAUUUCAGAAAGAGGCAAAGCAGCGGUUUUAGGUGGUUUAAAAUUAAUAUGUACAUUCAAUUGGCUUUUAACUUGUCCAAGUUAACCAUUCAGCUCAGAUUACAUUUUCAUGUUCUUCCCCAAUAAUUUCAGAAUUUAUGACAAGACUUCAUGUCAUUUCAGACUUUAAAUAUAUCAAACUAAAGGUUUUCCAAAUAAAUCCAUUAUUAUAAAUUCACAUUCAAUCUAGCAAUGGAAAUAUAUUAUUUUCUUUAUAGCAUGAUGGCUACUAAAUCUGUCAAUGUUUCUGCCUAAAAAUACCAGGUAUGACAAUUGCCAAUUUCAUUAAUACAGCGCUGUUAUUGAGUGUGUCCUUUACAGAGGUAUUUGGAAAAUCAGAGUGCAAUUGCCAUUGAUCCCCUUAGAAGAAUACAAGUUGAAAAUGUAAACCAUAGGGAAGAUUUUAAAGCGAGGCACAACUUAACUUAGUUUCUUUCAGUAACCAUAGUGACCUACUGAACUGAAUGAGCCUCGAGUAGAAUAACUAUGGUUAUUGUACCUGUCGAUGUUAAGUUCUCACUUCACUCACAACCAUCUGCAAUAGGUGUGCAAGUGUGGUUGUGUUACCAUUUGUGUGAAUUUGAGAAUAGAAUGAUGUCAUGCUUCUUUUUUUCAGUAAGUUCUUAGCCCAUUGCAAUUUCUUUACCAUUUAACAUGUGUUUACAACACUUGUAGACCUACACACUUGAAUAGAUGAGGUGUGGCACGGCAUGGGGAACCUUUUGUCACUAAACAGUACAUAUAUAAAUAUGAUUAUACACAUGUAUAGAUAAAUACUGUAUAUUAUAUAUAGACGCACACAUAGAGGUCAGAUUGUUUGUUGUGCACUCGCAGCAUGAGGUAUAUAUUUACCCAGAAAUGGCGCUUCUUCACAACCUGUGCAGUAAUUGGUCUGCCCAUGUCUUUGCCCCUGCUCCUUGCCCUCUGUAACCCUGUAGCGCCAGUGGAUAUCCUGUCCUGCUCAUCCUAUUUCUAUCUGUGUUCCAAGUGCCAAUAACUUUGUGAAAGCCCUGUAACUGUGACCCAACAUUAUCAAAGGUAAUUGCACAUUAACAACUGUAAAAUAAAUAAAUACAAAUCAUAGAGAAAAUGUCAAAGUGGAUUAAAUAAUGAAUAUCUUAAUAAAAGAUUUGUAACAAUUUC